CCCUUCUCCAAAUCGCUGCUGUACGACACCACCGGUGCGCAGUGCUGCACCGGCUGCGCGGCCGCCCCGCAACGGCCAGCACCGGGGGAGCCACCGCGCCGGGGCUGGCGGAGAUGCCGCUGGAGGAUGGGGACACAGCGAGGCAGAGGGGACAGUGGGUCAAUGGCAAGGGCAGCGGUAUCCCCCGGCUCGGGGAAACAGGGGACCCCCUGCUCCAGGACAUGACAGCGCCCGAUGGCAGCAGGACAGGGCCAGCGCUGGGUGACAAGAACGUGACCCCCAAAGGGGCCUUGCAGCAAGCAGGGCAGCAUGAGGAAACCCUGAUGACUGAGCUCUCUGAGCUGGUGCAGAAGGUGGUGAAGAACAGCAGCUGGUGGGAACGGCACGGGGUGGACAUCAGCAUCCUCGGCUGCAGCUUCCUCCUGCUGCCGGCAGGGUUCCUGUGCCUGCAGUCAGGCCGGGCCAUCCCUUUCCUGGCUGGUGUCCUCACCCUUGGCGUGGUGCAUCACACCCUGACAGUGAAGGGCAGCCACCUGGCCAGCCACAAUGCCUUGACCGAGUCCAAGUCCUGGGGCAAAGUGUGGGCCAUCUUCUUCAUUGAGCUCUGCUCAGCUUUCACAGUCGAGCAGGCCACUUACAACCACGUGAAGAUCCACCAUGGUUACACCAAUGUCAUUGGCCUGGGGGACUCCAGCACCUGGAAGCUUCCUUUCCUGAACCGCUACGUCUACAUGUUCAUCGCGCCUCUCGCAGUGCCCAUCUUAACCCCUCUAGUUGCACUUGAUUUGUUGAGGAACGUGGAGUGGAAAGCAGCUCUCCGGACUCUGUGCUGCAUGUUUCUGGGUCUCUACUGCCAUUACUGGCUGCUGCUCCACGUCUCGGGCUUCCAGUCGCCGUGGUCCGCGCUGCUCUGCAUGCUGCUCACCCGCUCCCUCCUGGCCCAUCCCUACAUCCACGUCAACAUAUUCCAGCACAUUGGGCUCCCCAUGUUCGCGGCCGAUCGGAAGCCCAAGCGGAUCCACCUCAUGAGCCUGGGUGUGCUCAACCUGCCCCGCAAUGUGCUGCUCGACUGGUCCUUCGGCCACUCGCUCAUCAGCUGCCAUGUGGAGCAUCACCUCUUCCCCAGCCUCUCCGACAACAUGUGCCUCAAGAUCAAACCCAUCGUCUCCCAGUACCUGAAGCAGAAGAAGCUGCCAUACAAUGAGGACACCUACACCUCCAGGCUCCGUCUCUUCCUCCAGAGAUACGAGGAGCUGAUGGUCCACGCUCCCCCCAUAACGGAGCUGGUGGGCAUCCAGUGAGGAUGGGACCCCAGGACUCAGGGGUGUUUCCUGCAGGGACUUGUGGCAGUGAUGGUUUUAGCAGGAUUGGGGCUACACAGACAAAUGCCUCCAUAAAGCCAUCGUGUAGGAAACAUC